AUGGUCCUUCCUUUCAUUGUCUUGACAUUUUUCUCUCUUCUUGGCACCUCUUGCUUUGCUUCUUCUUUGGUCAGUGAUUUUCAUGUCUUGGUCACACUCAAGCACGGCUUCCAAUUCCCCGAACUGGCUUUAAGCACUUGGAAUUCUUCAUCUCCAAGAUCAGUUUGUUCAUGGGCUGGAAUUCGAUGCUAUAGAGGAAGAGUUGUUGCAGUGGACUUAACAGAUUUCAAUCUUUUUGGCUCUGUAUCUCCUCUGAUUUCAGGCCUCGACCGGCUCACCGACCUCUCUCUUGCAGGAAACAACUUCGCAGGCAGCAUUGCCAUUGCCAACUUCACAAACCUUCAGUUCCUCAACAUAUCCAACAACCAAUUCAGUGGGAGCUUGGAUUGGAACUACUCAAGCAUUGCCAACUUGGAAGUGUUUGAUGCUUAUAACAACAACUUCACCGCUUCUCUUCCACUUGGGAUUUUGAGCUUGAACAAGCUCAGGUACUUGGAUCUUGGAGGCAAUUUUUUCAAUGGAAAAAUCCCAGCAUCAUAUGGGAAUUUGGCCAGCUUGGAGUACUUGUCACUUGCAGGCAAUGAUCUUAAUGGAGAAAUUCCAGGUGACUUGGGCAAUCUCACUAACUUGAGAGAGAUUUACUUGGGCUACUACAACGUUUUUGAAGGUGGGAUUCCGAAGGAGUUUGGGAAAUUGGUCAAUCUGGUUCACAUGGAUCUCUCAAGCUGUGAAUUAGACGGGCCAAUUCCCCGGGAGCUGGGGAAUUUGAAGGCGCUCGACACGCUUUACUUGCACAUCAAUCUGUUCUCAGGCUCAAUCCCAAGGCAGCUAGGCAACUUGACAAACUUGGUCAAUCUUGACCUCUCCAACAAUGCAUUGACUGGUGAAAUCCCAUUUGAGUUUGCCAAUCUCAAACAGCUCAAGCUUUUCAACCUGUUCAUGAACAGAUUGCAUGGCUCAAUCCCAGACUACGUCGCGGAUUUGCCUAACUUGGAAACUCUGGGGCUGUGGAUGAACAACUUCACUGGCAUAAUUCCACAGAAGCUUGGCCAGAAUGGGAAGCUUCAACUGCUCGAUUUGUCAUCGAAUAAGCUCACCGGUAAAAUCCCACCAAACUUGUGUUCAUCAAAUCAGCUGAGAAUACUAAUUCUCUUGAAAAACUUUCUCUUUGGUCCAAUCCCUGAAGCCUUAGGGGCAUGUUCUAGUCUCACUAGAGUAAGGCUGGGGCAGAAUUACUUAAAUGGUAGCAUACCAAAUGGCUUAAUUUAUUUGCCUCUGCUGAGCUUAGCAGAGUUGCAAAACAAUUACCUAUCUGGAAUGUUGCUAGAGAAUUCUAAUGGCUCAUUGGAGCCGGCCAAAUUAGGCCAGCUUAAUCUGGCAGACAACCUCCUAUCCGGUCCUUUACCCUACUCGCUUUCGAAUUUCUCUUCCCUCCAAAUCCUCCUACUUAGUGGAAAUCAAUUCUCUGGUCCAAUCCCACCUUCAAUAGGCCAACUCCAUCAAGUACUAAAACUUGAUCUUAGCAGAAAUUCACUCUCUGGUGAAAUCCCACCAGAAAUUGGAAACUGUUUCCAUCUCACCUACCUUGACAUGAGCCAGAACAGCCUCUCUGGCUCAAUCCCACUAGAAAUUUCCAGCAUUCACAUCCUGAAUUACUUGAACAUAUCAAGAAAUCACUUGAACCAAAACAUUCCCAGAUCAAUAGGCACCAUGAAGAGCCUCACAAUUGCUGAUUUUUCCUUCAAUGAUUUCUCGGGAAAGCUACCCGAAUCAGGGCAGUUCGCCUUCUUUAAUGCCUCUGCUUUCGCGGGCAAUCCUCAUCUUUGCGGUUCACUCCUAAACAAUCCUUGCAACUUCACCGCAAUCACAAACACACCGCGAAAACCCGCCGCGGAUUUCAAGCUGAUCUUCGCAUUAGGCCUGCUAAUAUGCUCACUGGUGUUUGCUGCUGCUGCUAUAAUCAAGGCCAAAUCAUUCAAAAGAAACGGCCCGGAUUCAUGGAAAAUGACUUCCUUCCAGAAGCUGGAAUUCACAAUCUUCGACAUCCUCGAAUGCGUGAAAGAUGGGAAUGUGAUUGGAAGAGGAGGAGCAGGGAUUGUUUACCAUGGAAAAAUGCCAAAUGGGGUUGAAAUUGCUGUAAAAAAACUCCUUGGUUUUGGACCAAACAGCCAUGAUCACGGCUUCAGAGCAGAAAUUCAAACCUUAGGCAACAUUCGGCACAGAAACAUUGUGAGAUUGCUGGCAUUUUGCUCAAACAAAGAAACCAAUCUGCUUGUUUACGAGUACAUGAGAAAUGGAAGCUUGGGGGAGGCAUUGCAUGGGAAAAAGGGAGGAUUCUUGGGGUGGAAUUUGAGGUACAAAAUUGCCAUUGAAGCUGCCAAAGGCCUGUGCUACCUUCACCAUGAUUGUUCUCCACUGAUACUUCACAGGGAUGUAAAAUCAAACAACAUUUUGCUCGAUUCGAGCUUUGAAGCACACGUUGCUGAUUUUGGGCUCGCUAAGUUCUUGAUUGAUGGUGGAACAUCUGAGUGUAUGUCUGCAAUUGCAGGCUCUUAUGGCUACAUUGCACCCGAGUACGCAUAUACACUGAAGGUGGAUGAGAAGAGCGAUGUAUAUAGCUUUGGGGUUGUUCUGUUAGAACUUCUAACAGGUCGUCGUCCAGUGGGAGAGUUCGGGGAAGGCGUCGACAUAGUGCAGUGGUCGAAGAAAGCCACGAAUUGUCGAAAAGAAGAUGUUACGAGCAUUGUUGAUCCAAGGCUAGCAAUAUCUGUACCCAAAGAUGAAGCAAUGCACUUGUUCUUCAUUGCAACGCUUUGCAUCCAAGAACACAGUGUGGAGAGGCCAACAAUGAGAGAAGUUGUUCAAAUGCUAUCGGAGUUUCCUCGCCACUCCCCGGACUACUUCCAGUCCUCCUCAUCCUUAGCCACUUCCCAACAACCCAAGAAUACUGAGAAAGACACAAAAUGUGCCAAGUUCAAACAAGAUAUUUUGGUUUAA